ACACAAUGCUAGGCUCACGGAGACCAAACACGGUGGCCGGGCCUCCCGAAUCCGUUUAAAUGCUCCGUUUACCGAGCAGUUAGCGGCGAACGAGCGCCGUUGUCUUUUUUUUGUUUUGUUUUGUAAGCCCGGUGAAGAAAGUUCCCGCCGCUCUCCCGGCGUCAUGGGCGGUCCUCCCAGGCUGCUGCUGGCCGGCCUCAUGGCGCUCUGCUCCGCCGCGGCGUCGGCUCAGGUGGAUGGAGCUCCGCCCUCUAAAAUAGCGGUGGUGGGGGCCGGCAUCGGAGGCAGCGCCACCGCCCAUUUCCUGCGUCAGCACUUUGGCCCCGAGGUGCAAGUGGACGUGUACGAGAAGGGCGAGGUCGGAGGUCGCCUGGCCACGGUCACCGUCAACCACAACGACUACGAGUCGGGAGGUUCCAUCAUCCACUCGCUCAACCUCCACAUGCAGGACUUUGUCAAGCAGCUGGGCCUGAAGUACCGCCGCAGCGUGGCGGGGAAGACGGCGGUGUUCAACAGCGAGGAGGUGAUCCUGGAGGAGACCGACUGGUACCUGCUGGACCUCUCCCGCUUGUGGUGGCGCUACGGCAUCAGUUUCAUCCGCCUGCAGAUGUGGGUGGAGGAGAUCAUGGAGAAGUUCAUGAGGAUCUACAAGUACCAGGCCCACGGCUACGCCUUCAGCUCCGUGGAGGAGCUCCUGGACUCUCUGGGGGGGAGUGGCUUCAUCAACAUGACGCGCAGGCCGCUCUCCGAUUCGCUGCUGGAGCUGGGCGUGUCUCAGCGCUUCAUCGACGAGGUCAUCGCGCCCAUCAUGAGGGUCAACUAUUGCCAGAAUGUCAGCAUUCCCGCCUUCGUAGGCGCCGUGUCCUUGGCGAGCGCUCAGAACAACCUGUGGGCGGUGGAGGGCGGGAACAAGUUGGUGUGUUCGGGUCUUCUGAGGAUGGCCAACGCCAACCUGCUGCCAGCGCAUGUCACGUCUGUGGAGCCGCUGCACUCUGCAGGGGACACCCUUCAGUACCGACUGAGCUUCACAGGGGCGGGGGAGACCAGGUCGGAGUUGUACGACAUCGUUGUCCUGGCGACGCCGCUCCAGGACAGCGUGGGUUCUGGGAUUUCUUUCCGAGGCUUCGCGCCACCGAUGGACCAGCCGGCGGGCGACUAUCACAGCACGGUGGCCACCGUCGUCCACGGUUACCUCAACACUUCGCUCUUUGGCUUCCCGGACCCCCGCCUCUUCCCCUACGCCUGCGUCCUGACCACGGAGGCGCCCGGCCUGUUCUUCACCAGCGUGGCCAGCGUUUGUCCCGUCAACAUCUCGCUGGGCUUCCGGCGGAAACAAGCGCAAGAGGCGGGCGUCUAUAAAGUCUUCUCCCUGCAGCCGCUGACCAAAGCUCAGCUGAAGACGCUCUUCAGGUCCUACUACUCGGUGCAGGUGACGGAGUGGCAGGCGUACCCUCGCUACGGCAGCAGCCCCGCCCUGCCCCCCGUGGAACUGCAGCCCAACCUCUACUACCUCAAUGGCAUCGAGUGGGUCGGCAGCGCCAUGGAGAUGAGCUCGGUGGCGGCCAAGAACAUCGCUCUGCUGGCGUACCACCGCUGGAACCGACAACCGGACAUGGUGGACCAGAAGGACCUCAUGCACAGCGUCAAGACUGAACUUUGACCUCCAGCAGGACACUUUAUCGCUCACUUUUCAAAACUCCAUCAAGGAGGUACAGAAGUGUUUUUCCAGUAAUCCAAUACUCCAGUAAUCCAUUACUUGAGUGGUUUAUUGCCCCAGUAAUCUAUUACUCUAGUAGUCCAAUACUCCAGUAGUCCAUUACUUGAGUGGUUCAUUACUCCAGUAGUCCAAUACUCCAGUAAUCCAUUAGUCCAAUACUCCAGUAAUCCAUUACUUGAGUGGUUUACUGCCCCAGUAAUCUGUUACUGCAGUAGUCCAAUACUCCAGUAAUCCAUUACUUGAGUGGUUUAUUGCCCAAGUAGUCUAUUACUCCAGUAGUCCAAUACUCUAGUAAUCCAUUAUUUGAGUGGCUUAUUGCCCCAGUAAUCUAUUACUCUAGUAGUCCAAUACUCCAGUAGUCCAUUACUUGAGUGGUUUAUUACUCCAGUAGUCCAAUACUCCAGUAAUCCAUUACUUGAGUGGUUUAUUGCCCCAGUAAUCUCUUACUCCAGUAGUCCAAUACUCCAGUAAUCCAUUACUUGAGUGGUUUACUGCCCCAGUAAUCUAUUACUCCAGUAGUCCAAUACUCUAGUAAUCCAUUAUUUGAGUGGUUUACUGCCCCAGUAAUCUAUUACUCCAGUAGUCCAAUACUCCCGUAAUCCAUUAUUUGAGUGGUUUAUUGCCCCAGUAAGCUAUUACUCCAGUAGUCCAAUACUCCAGUAAUCUAUUACCUGAGUGGUUUAUUGCCCCAGUAAUCUAUUACUCCAGUAGUCCAUUACUUGAGUGGUUUAUUGCCCCAGUAAUCUAUUACUCCAGUAGUCAAAAACUCCAGUGAUCAAUUUCUCCACUGGUCCAUUACUCAAGUAGUUUAUUAUUUCAGUAUUUAAUUACACAAGUGGUCCAUUACUUCAGUAGUCUAUUACUCGAGUAGGUUAUUAUUUCAGUAUUCCAUUACACGAGUGGCCCAUUACUACAGUAGUCUAUUACUCUUAUAGAUAAUUAUUUCAGUAUUCCAUUACACGAGUGGUCCAUUACUUCAGUAGUCUAUUACUCUAGUAGUUUAUUAUUUCAGUAUUCCAUUACACGAGUGGUCCAUUACUUCAGUAGUCUAUUACUCUUAUAGAUUAUUAUUUCAGUAUUCCAUUACACGAGUGGUCCAUUACUUCAGUAGUUUAUUAUUUCAGUAUUCCAUUACACGAGUGGUCCAUUACUUCAGUAGUCUAUUACUCUCGUAGUUUAUUAUUUCAGUAUUCCAUUACACGAGUGGUCCAUUACUUCAGUAGUCUAUUACUCUAGUAGUUUAUUAUUUUAGUAUUCCAUUACACAAGUGGUCCAUUACUUCAGUAUUCUAUUACUCUAGUAGUUUAUUAUUUCAGUAUUCCAUUACAUGAGUGGUCCAUUACUUCAGUAGUCUAUUACUCUAGUAGUUUAUUAUUUUAGUAUUCCAUUACACAAGUGGUCCAUUACUUCAGUAUUCUAUUACUCUCGUAGUUUAUUAUUUCAGUAUUCCAUUACACGAGUGGUCCAUUACUUCAGUAGUCUAUUACUCUUAUAGAUUAUUAUUUCAGUAUUCCAUUACACAAGUGGUCCAUUACUUCAGUAGUUUAUUAUUUCAGUAUUCCAUUACACAAGUGGUCCAUUACUUCAGUAUUCUAUUACUCUAGUAGUUUAUUAUUUCAGUAUUCCAUUACAUGAGUGGUCCAUUACUUCAGUAGUCUAUUACUCUAGUAGUUUAUUAUUUUAGUAUUCCAUUACACAAGUGGUCCAUUACUUCAGUAUUCUAUUACUCUAGUAGUUUAUUAUUUCAGUAUUCCAUUACACGAGUGGUCCAUUACUUCAGUAGUCUAUUACUCUCGUAGUUUAUUAUUUCAGUAUUCCAUUACACGAGUGGUCCAUUACUUCAGUAGUCUAUUACUUCAGUAGUCUAUUACUCUAGUAGUUUAUUAUUUUAGUAUUCCAUUCCAUUACACGAGUGGUCCAUUACUUCAGUAAUCUAUUACUCUAGUAGUUUAUUAUUCAGUAUACCAUUACAUGAGUGGUCCAUUACUUCAGUUGUCCGUUACUGCAGUGGUCCAGUAUGUCAAUAGUUCAUUACUCAAGUAAUCCAUUACUCCUUAACAGUGUUGGGUUAGUUACUGAAAACCAGUAACUAGUUACAGUUACUAGUUACUUUAUUUCAAAAGUAACUCAAUUACUAACUCAGUUACUUACACCAAAAAUGAAUGCGUUACUGUGAAAAGUAACUAUUUAGUUACUUAUUUUUUUCUUCUUCUUUUUUUUAAAGCUCCCAUUAAUGCCCUUUUGGCCUUCAUUUCAGUACUGUUAUCGCACUGGAGAAUAAUACGAGAAUAAUACAACCUGUUGAUCAACUUGACAUGCAAUCUACAUACAACACACAAAGACAAAGAUAUGUUUCAAAGGGCCAAUUUAUUUCAGGCCAGAACAAAUUGACAAAACUAUUUUAAAUAGCUGCAACAAAACAUAUAUAAGUAACAAACAGCAUAAUAACAACAUAGCUGUAAACCUGGCUUCACCCAAGGAAGGCACACAUGACAUACACAAAGCCUAACCAGGCAUUUUUUUCUCUCAAGGAAUUGUGAAAUAAAAUCAUGUCUUCAGGAGAUCAACACUGUACUGAAGGCCAGAACACUACACAUUUCCCCAGUUUUAGUUUAGAGAUAAGGAAAGAUUGACCUGACCCACUAGGAUGCCUCUUUAUGUUUGUGAACUUUAUAGUCCAUACAUUUAGAGUGAUGUGAUAAUCCAACACUCUAGAAGUCUAGAAUGAAAGAGCAAGUGUGUACCUUCAGUGCCGAAUGAUGAGCAGAGGCAGAGUUUGGAGUGUUUUCUUUAGCUCGCUCUCCAUGUUUAUGUCCUCACUGUCCAGGUACGUGAAAAUGUUUUCCGUGCCAUUUGCUGUUUGACGCCGGUAUCAUGCUAAUUAGCUGCCUGAAAGCGGGUGACUCCACUGUAGAAAUAGCCUGCAUGUCUUCUAGCACAUACGCUGCAAUGGCUCUAUCAAUGUUGCCCUGGCUAGCAGUCCCUCCGUUAAAAUCCUUAGGUGGAGGUGAAGUGGCAUUGGAGUCUGUGUCUCUCUUUACUAGCUUCGUCGAAGCGUGUUGCUUUUGUAGCUGUUUCAGCAGAUUUGAAUUGCUGUUUUGGGCAGUAGACAAGAUCUUUGAUCCAAGACACAACCUACAUUUAACUAAAAUGUUCUUUUCUUUGUGCUCGACAAAAGAAAAGUAGUGAGAAUAUCUCCAUGUUAAGAAA